CUGUAAGGCUGAUCAGCCAGCUCCACAUUUUCUGUUGAAACCACAGCUUCAGAAUUAACGGCUUAUGCAUCGCCAUACAGAUCUUUUUCAGAAAUCGCUGAUCACAAGCCUGCUGAGCGACACCGAGAGCGCUGCCAUGGGACUGGCGACGGAACCGGGCAUGGUGGCAGCGUCUCCAGCAGCUGGAUCGGGCCAAGUCUUGGUCGCUAGUAAACCAGAUGCAGAGCACAGUAACUUCGUGACGUCCAGUCGCGCCAAAGACUAUCUCCGUCUUGGAAUUCCUGCGAUCGCCAGAACAAGCAAUCCCCGCGACUAUCCGCGGUCGCUCAAGCAUGUGGUCACCUCCAUGGUCGCAGCAUGCGGCCUUGCGACACCGCUUGGGAGCAACAUCUUCCUGCCUGUAAUUGCACCCGCAGCCAGGGACUUCGACACCACGCCCACGGUCAUGAACCUCUCCAUCUCCUUCUACUGCCUGGCCGUGGCCAUUACGCCGAUGUGGUGGGCCGUGCUGUCGGAGCACCAGGGUAGCCGCCGGACCUACGUGCUGACCUUUUUCUUUUUCAUCGUCUUCAAUGUCGCCUCCGCUCUCAGCGUCUCGCCGGCCAUGUUCAUUUCCAUGCGUCUCCUGGCCGGCGCCGCCUCGGCACCCGUCCAGGCCCUAGGCGCGGCUACCGUGGCGCACCUGUGGGAGCUUGAGGAGCGUGGCCGCGCCAUGGGCAUCUUCCUUCUAGGUUCUAUGUGCGGCAAUGUUUUCGGGCCCAUCCUCGGCGGCGCGCUCGGCCAGCGCUGGGGCUGGCGGAGCACACAGUGGUUUAUGGUCAUCUACGGAGCCGUCGUCUGGUUCGCCAUCUUGUUCUUCGUACCGGAGACAUCGAAUGUUACGAUGCGCUCGGAGAAGACGGAAGCGCCUCGUACUGGGAAGGUGACGGUCGGAAGACGGGUCCGCGCAGUCCUCUCUGCGCUGGCCAAGCCAGCCGGCCUCCUGAAGCUUCUCCGGUUCCCACCCGUCCUGAUCACGGUCUUCUACACAGGAGUCGCGUUCGCAGCCUACUACGUUGUCAUGAUCGUCAUCCAGGCCACCUUCUCCGCCCCGCCGUACUCGUACUCCCCGCUCAUCGUCGGCCUCCUCUACAUGCCCAACGCGCUCGGCAACGUUCUGGCAGCGACUCUCGGGGGGCGCUGGACAGAUCGCAUUAUGCGCCGCAAGGCCGCGGCGGCGGGGCGGCCACGGCCUCGUCCCCAGGACGCCCUGGGUCUCAACGCCUGGCUGGCCGCGCUGGUCUACCCGGCGGCAGUCCUGGUCGCCGGGUGGACUUCGUGGGCCCACCCGCGCGUGCCCGCGGUGCCGCUGAUCGCCAACUUCUUCUUUGCUAUGGGCAACAUGAUGAUGCAAAACAUCACGACCGUGACGCUGACCGAGUUCGUCCCCGGGCGGGCCGCUGCGGGCGUCGCGCUGGCCAACCUGGUGCGCAACACGCUCGGAGCGGCCGCGAGCGUCGCGGCGCAGCCUCUUCUCGACGCCAUCGGUGUUGGCUGGCUGUCUACCAUCGUCGCGCUCCUUUGCGGCGCGAGCGCCGCCUGCAUCUGGCUUCUCCAGCGGAACGCUGUGAGGUGGGCCGACGAGAUGAAGGAGAAGAUGGCACCGCAGCCGCCACCGCCACGCUAAUCGCUGUAUCUCCCCUUUGGGCCCAGAAUAUUUGGCCUGUUCUAGAGAGAAGUUUUGCCGUAAAGCCUUCAGCUUCAUAAAUCAGAUCUAAUGCUGGGCUACCUUAGUUGCGCAUGUGUUCUGUAAAUGGCUCUUAUGUAUUGUAC